AUGACCAUCUCGAAGAAUAACAAGAUGAUGGCUCAUCUGAACUAUCGGAUGAAGAUCAUCCUUCAGGACGGCAGAACAUUCGUCGGAUUCUUCAAGGCCUUCGACAAGCACAUGAACAUUUUGCUCGCAGAGUGCGAAGAGCACAGACAGAUCAAGCCAAAGGCCGGAAAGAAGGCCGAUGGUGAAGAGAAGCGAAUUCUGGGUCUCGUGCUUCUUCGUGGAGAACACAUCGUCUCGAUGACCGUCGACGGACCACCACCAAGAGACGACGACUCGGUUCGGUUGGCGAAGGCCGGAGGAGCCGGUGGAGUCGGACAAGCCAAGCCAGGAGGCCGUGGAAUGCCAGCGAUGCCAGGAAUGCCAGGAAUGCCACCAGGCGGACCACCAGGCGGUCUCUCUGGAGCCAUGCGCGGUCACGGAGGACCAGGAAUGUCGGCGAUGCAGCCAGGAUAUGGAGGACCACCAGGAGGACGUCCAUAUUAA